AUGGAGAAAUCAGCAGUAAAUGAUGAUGGUGAUCAAGCAGUAAAAGAACAAUUAGCAGUGCAUCCUUCAAAACUUCCAACUCAUCCAGAUGAAAAAGAAAAGAUUCCAGCACCAUUCAUUAUUCCAGAUGGAGUUUCAUCACCAAUACAACAUCCACUUGAUCCAUUAAAUGCUGAUGAAAUUAAUUUAACAGCACGUUUACUUAGAGAAUCAUCAAAAUUUCAAAGUUAUAUGCGUAUUGUAUCAAUUACUCCAAAAGAACCUGACGAUAAAAAUUAUGUUAUUAAUUAUAAACCAAAUGAUUCAUUACAACGAUCGGCAAUUGUAACAGUUCAUGAUCCAAAAGAUCGAACAGCAUAUGUAAUUGUUGUUGAUUUAACAAAAAAAUCUAUUGAAAGUUUUACUGAAUUUAAAAAUGUUCAACCUGGUGCAGCAUUUAAUGAAGUAAUUCUAGCUGAUAGUGCAUUACGUAGAAGUGAAGCUUUAUUAACUGCCUUUACUAAACGAAAUAUUUAUAUGAAUGAUGUCGUUUUUUAUCCAUUUUCAUCUGGUUAUCGUGAUGAACGAGAUUCAGCAUCAAAACGACGAAUAUUUCGUCCAUAUGCUGCUGUUAGAAAAUGGGAACAUGAUAAUUAUUAUGCUCAUCAUAUUGAUGGACUUGUUAUAACGGUUGAUUUAGAUUCAUUUACUGUUGAAGUCGAAGAUUAUCUGAUUGUACCAUUACCUUUAAAAUCUGGUAAUUAUGAUCCUGAAGGUAUUAAAUCACCAGAUAAUAUACCAUAUUUUCCUGAUGGUAUUCGAAAAGAUCUUAAACCAUAUGUUAUUACUCAACCAGAAGGUCCAUCAUUUCAAAUAAAUGAUCAUGAAAUUUCAUGGCAAAAAUGGCGUCUUAGAGUUGGAUUUAAUGUUCGUGAAGGUCUUACAUUAAAUAUGGUUGAAUAUUUUGAUCAAAAUCGUUGGAGGCCUAUUCUUUAUCGAGCAGCUAUAAGUGAAAUGUGGGUACCAUAUGGUGAUGGAAGUCCUGCACAUAGUUAUAAAAAUGCAUUUGAUGUUGGUGAAGCUACGGUGGGUUUAUUGACAAAUAGUUUAGUAGUUGGAUGUGAUUGUCUUGGUGAGAUUCGUUAUUUAGAUGUUGUUGUCCAUAAUAAUGAAGGUCAAGCAAUUUUAUUAAAAAAUGCUAUUUGUAUUCAUGAAGAAGAUAUUGGAAUACUUUGGAAACAUACUGAAUUUGUUACUCAACGUUCUCAAUGUCGCCGUUUAAGACGUCUUGUUAUUUCAUCUAUAUUAACAGUAGGUAAUUAUGAAUAUGGUCUAUUUUGGUAUUUUCUGCAAGAUGGUGCAAUUCACUUUGAAGUCAAACUUACUGGAAUUAUAGAAUUAGUCAAAUAUUACAUGAACAUUAUAUUAUAG